CAUCGAGCGAUUGAACUGUACGGUAUCCGAAAAUGGGUACUAUGCUGGUAUACAGUGCAGCGCUUUUCUUCGCGGCUGCGAUAGCAGCGGGAUCAAACGAUGCCGUUGCCUCCACAGGAUCACCAACAGCAUCGACAUCAUCGGCUAACGCAGCUGAAGCCACUGGAGCAAAGUUGAAACGCGGGAUCGUUCAGAUUGGAACAAAGAGUUGGGCCAGUCAGAACGGCUACCCGUCGCCAUCGGUUAAUCCAAGCACAAGUCCCACUGCUUCGAGUCAGAAUAGUGGCCAAUACGUUCAGCAGAGCAACAACCCUGAACCAACGGCCGCGUAUUCCCCCGCAAAAAUCUACGACCAAAAAAUAACGUAUAACAAUCAGAACGCCGGUGGUCAGCAAGCUUCGGGGUAUCCCAGCCAAAGUUACACGGCGGCUAAAGAAAACUAUAACGGAAAUGCUGGACAAGUUUAUGGAAAUGUUGGUUACAGCGCUUCACAGAAUCAUGGGACCGCAAACCAGGCUGAUAACUCCGGAUACACGGCAGUGUUCACGCCUCGAAUUCAGCCGGUGACUACUCAGGACGUACCGAACUUUGGUAGGUUCCAAAACGCACAACCUUUGACCGGCCUAUCUCAGGCCCAAAAUGUCCAAAGUGGGCAGCUUCAAAGUGCGGACGUAUUCAACACUCCGUACUACACGAUUUUCACCACCGGUCCUAGUCCCGUCGAAAAUCGGCAGAAUGCCGGACUCUUCCAGGCGCCGUUCGAGCAACAUGCAGCCCAAAAGUCGCAAGUGACUUACGCGCCAAAUCAUCAGACGGUGUCGUACAUUGAUCCAAACUUAUUCUCUUACCCGAUUCAAGAAGCAGCGAGCUAUACCCAAGCCUCGCCUUACUUCCUGCAGGCUAGUCCAGCUCUCGCCGCAUCUUCCCAAGUUCAGCGAAAUGCUCCAAAAACCAGUGUUCCUGAGCAAAGGAGUUCAGGUUUUACCCAGAUGUAUGCACCGUACCAUCAAAGCGCUUCCAACUUCAUACCGGCUGUCCAGCAGAGCGCCAGUUUAGGUCCAUUGACGGUAAACUUCGAGGGUAAGAAGAUACCGCUACCACUUCUUCAGCUGCAAAGCGCCAAAGACUUCCCGGGAUUUGCUCAGGUCAUCCACAGUCAGCCAAUUGCUUUGGAGACAGCCUCACCAACUCAAGCACAAACUGAGUUCAACUUUCUGGCCGACUUCACGAAGAGCUUGACGCCGAAUCUUCUGCCGUUCCUAAACAACCAACAACCCAAUCAACCUCAAGUAGUUCCAGUAAAGAGCGCCAAUGGCAGUCCUGAGUUUCCGCAGUACAAGGGUGCCAGUAUCAACACGGGACUAGGUUACAACCAGGAAAGACCUACGAUAGGCAGUUACCAGCACCUCAAGAAUCAACCCCAACUCCACUUCGCGGGGAAACCAGCUCUACCAAUAGUACCAGCAGUGACACCAGCACCAGUCGUACCAGUUAUCCGUCCGGUAUCUUCCGUAGUUGAACACCCUUUGGUGAGCGGUAGACCCUUGGAAGAGAAUCGCGAUGACGUUGAAAUAAUCAAGAAGAAGAAGCCGCCCGCGCCCGAUCCCCACGAUUUUGACGAGGACGAAGUGGACGAGGGUUACAGAGCGAUCGAGAGGGAGUACGGUCCUCAGCACGAUGACGUAGAGGACGAAUCACCGCACCGUGGAUCGUACGUCAAGGAGUCCAGCGGGGAAAGUGACUUCAAGCCAUCCACCGGCUACCCCUUCGAGUCAUACGAGGAUAAAUUCGGCAGGUACGCAAGGCCUUCGUCGGACGAAGAAGCUGAAGACGACGGACCCUCGUCGAGGUAUCAUCACCAUUCGUCUGCCGAUGACGAUGACGAGUAUGACGGACACUCGACGACCCACCAUGCCGAUUACAGAUCCCCCCAAUCUAGACCAAGCAAGUACGAUUAUUCAGGAGAGGAGAGCCGGAAGAACGAGCGACAAGAGGAAGCGGAAGAAGAGGGUGAACUCGCGGCGUUCAAUUCCUACGGGCAAGACUUCGAACAGGAAUUCGAAGACUCGUACAAAAGAGAACUUCCGCAGAACAAAUACGUCCACAUAAAGGAGGUACCGGAAAUCGAAGGUACGGAGCCUGUUACAAAGUACAACUCUAAACCUAAAGAGUCUCGUCAUCAGGCCCAGGAAGAAGAGCCUGAAGAGAGCAGACACUACGGCAGUCACUCAUCGCGAAAGUACCGAAAGAGUCCGAAGAGCGGUGACAGCGAAGGUUACGGGUCAAAUAUCCGAACCUACAACAGAUCGCCGAAGGUAAUUCACGAAGACUCAUUCGGCUACAAGAGUCCCAAGAGCCAAGGGUAUUCAAAAUACAAAAAGAGUCCCACCGGAGACUCGUAUUCCGCAGUGAAGAAGUCCCCGAAGAAGGACUCUUACGUUAAAUCGAGUAGGUCGUCCUACAAGUCGCCGGAAAACGACAACGGAUACGAAAAGGGUGACUCUUAUUCUUACUCCACCGGAAGCGCAUGGAAGUCGGACAACAAAAAGACCCCGGAAACCCGCGAUUAUCACGGCCAUGCAAGUACCGCUGUAAGAAGUUUGGCACAACCAGAUUCCACGUUCAGCUUUGACGCGUUCGCGAUUGAUCCAAUGAGACCGAAAAUCGUGCAAGAUCUAGCCGGCAUCUAAUCGGUAGUUUGAGCAUAAUUAUAAUUCUCACUAGACUGUAAUUAAUCCAUAACGGGACGAAUCACAGAACCAAAUUGGUCCGGGCUUAUAAUCAACCCCUCGAGUGACGACGCACGCUGUCUUUCAAAAGGGCGAAAAAUUGCUGAAUUCCAUUUUCACUCGACUCUAUUGGACUACAAGACUACAUGGCUCGAUGAGAAAUGCUUAGGAAAUCAGAAGCCACGUACGAUGUUAAUUUGUUAAGUAUAUUAUAAUAUACUCGUAUGUUUAUAAAUAUGUUAAGUUUUUACCCUCGGGCUGUUUCAGCGAUACUCUGCCACUGUUUGAGCAGAUAAUUGCCGAUUUCAACCAAACUCUUUUUGCGAGUUCGAAAUAUCGGUAAAAAAUUACCCCCCAAAUACCUAUUAUAACGCAUUGAAAGAUUUUAUUUUCGAGUUAUAUACGAAUUCGACUUUCGAGUCAAAUAUUCAAAAUGUUGUAGCAAAAAAUUAUAAUGUCGUUCUUAAGAAUCCGAACUAGUCUUAAAAUUUAGCUAACGUUGUGCUUCUGUAUGCAAAAUCGACGAAAUCCAGGUAAUUGUCAAGAUAUUUGACGAAAACCCCGAUAAUGUUACAGCUGUCCAGCUUCACCCACUCUAAUGAAGGAUUUUCUAAUGUUUUGAAAAUAUAUUUCAAGCGGCAUGAAAACACUUGUAACGAUCUUACAAGCGUGCCGAGCGAAUAUGAUUAGACAAUUGUAAUAUUAUUACUUUUUUUGUUACGAAAUAAAAUGCAAGUUAACC